AUGAAAAACAUCGAAUUCAUAGUCACGGCCGAGUUUCACGUCGACAAAGGCCCGUCACUACUUCAUCAGAUCCCCGUGUCACUCCCGGGGCUCGCCAAUUUGGUGUUUCUUCCCGAAUUGAUGAUUCCUGACCAAAUCCACAAACGCUCAGAAGACUACACGUUGUUUCUUCUUUAUCGCAAUUCAUCCACAGGAGAGUUCCAAUACUUGUCCGACGCCAAAUGUGAACCCGACCCAUACUUCCUCUACACCCUCGUGAUGAAUGUCAAGGACGAGCUGGUGAAAAGAGGGUCUGUGAUCAAAGCUCUUGCCAUCAUCACCAAGUUGCGAUACUUCAAGAACUUCAAACCGUUAUUGAUGAUUGCGUUGGACAGCUACUUUGGAAGCAGCGACAUGGGGGUGCUUCAGAACCUCUACAACGCCAUAAACGCCAAAAGCUUCCAGGUGCAUGAGGACGACAAGGAUAUUUCCAUCAUCAAGAAGUUGCUAAUAACUUCUAUUUUGGACUUGCCUAUCAACGACAAAAUAUACUACGACGAGUCUUUCCGCCGCAAGUUGUUCGACACUGAGGACUUUACCAACCCGGACCUUUUCAUCCGCAAAGACCUUAGUUAUAAUUCCGUGGUGACUUUUAAUAAUAUGAAUAUCCCCAUCAAGAUCCCCAUGAUAGACUUACCAGAUAACUUGGAUGACUACCUCAACCCCACCGACAUAAACUUCAAGGCCAACUUGAUCCAGCUAUUGGGGUCCAAAUUAUCUACCGAAUACUUGAAUUAUGAGCUUACCAUCUAUGGGCUUCUGACCCCAUCUAUAAUAUUAAUGAUUAAUGCCAUCUUGACCGGGAAAAAGGUCAUCUUGUUGAGCUACGACAAGUCCUCGGGUUACAUUAUCGACUUUAUGUUGACUAUUCUAAAAAUCGUCACCGGUGGAGGGAUCUUGACAGGUCUUUUGAGUAAUUAUAACAUUUUCCCCAUUGUGGACGUGUCGAAAAUUGAUAUAAUGGAGCAGUGUGACUCGUUUUUGGCCGGAACCAUCAACCCGUUCUUCAAGAAUAACGAAUCGUUGUGGGAUGUGUUGUAUGACUUGGACUCUAACGAGAUCUUGCUCUCCAAAAACUUGGAUGAAGGACUAAACCGCCAACAUUUCCAAAACUCGAUUAUUGGCGAAGACGCUAAGUUCUUGUCCAACUUGCAGUUGAGCUUGUUCAACUACAAUGAUGACUUGACCACUAUCCAACUCAUAUUCAGAAGACAUAUCAACGAGAUUAUCCGAAUUCUCAUAAGCUCCAAGAACUUCCAUGACACGGACAUAGGUCUUCUGGUUGCCAAAAAGGACCAGAAGAUAUUACUUCUUCAGGGAAUUGGGUACUAUUGGAACAAUGAUACUUCUAAGCUUAUUGAAGUGAGCUGUUACCAGUCGAUUGUGCGGAGGUUUAACUCACUUUUAUAUUCAAAUAGGUUUUCUUAUAACCUCGGACUACAAAACCUCCUGAACGAGUUAAAUCUCAUGAUAGACCUUCAGUAUCACCUUCAAAAACUAAGCGGGUUGUCCAAUGUACAAGAAGAGCGGACAAUCUGGUUCAAUAUGUUGAAGUAUUUGAUUUCUGGCAAAUCACUCGAGAUAUUUCUUUUGGUGACGUUCUUGGUGCCUCCCAGCAGCUCUUCCUCGCUACAAAAAAGCAGUCUUCACGGAGGGAAUAUAACCAUCUUCGACAAGAACAAGGGUAUCGAGUUUCUUCUCCUAAACUUGUUCAAUGGGGACAACCAAGUCAAAGGUAAUAUAGUGAUGAUUCUCCAGGAGCUCAGCGAAAACUUCUUGUGUGGGUGGUGUUUAGACAACUAUCUCCGUAGCAACAUGGUGUAUGAAAUGGCAUAUGCCGAGCUUCUGGGGCAGUAA